AUGGGGAACAAACUCAGCUGCUGCCUGAAGCCCAAUGCCAGCCCCAAGGUGGGCCAGAGCUUGGAGUGGGUGAAUCCGCACCCUGAGUCUGAUGCCUGUGAGGUGACUCAAGCUGCCUGGGCACGUGAGGACUUGGGUCUCCUGUUCUGCAAAUGCCACCCUGUGCUGCGCCUCAGUAACCAGCAAACGCCCAAAGUGGGAGAAAAGAGGAAGAACAACUAUUUCUACCACGUGUCUCCUGGUCACCUUAGGGAAAAGUACAGCUCGUGUGCUACAGUAUUUGUAGACAGCACUAUUUCUCAGUCUGAUUUGAAAAUCACCUUGCAGUGCCUGGCACUAGCAAUAUAUUACCACAUAAAGAAGAGAGAUGCAAAUAGAUCCAAGGACAUUUUUGAUGAGAGACUCCAUCCUGUCACAGAAGAAAAGGUUCCUGAGGAAUUCUUUCAUCAUAAUCCUGAUCCCGAAUCAAUUUACAGAUUUAUUCGACCUUUCUUCAUUGCCUUUAAGGCAACAGGAGGAUAUGCCAUAACAACAUUGGUUUACAUAGAAAGACUUUUAUCUUAUGCUGAAAUCGACAUUUGCCCAUCUAACUGGAAACGCAUUGUUUUGGGAGCGAUUAUUCUGACAUACAAGUAUCUGCACGAUGAGGCUAUGUGGAAUUUUCACUUCUUCUCAUUGCUAAGGGGCAUUACAAUCAAGAACUUAAAUGAGUUGGAAAGGCAAUACCUAUGUCUACUGCGGUUUCGUCUGUAUGUUUCUACCAGUGUCUAUGCCCAAUACUAUUUUGACCUUCGGUCCUUAGCAAGUGACCAUGGAUUGUUGCCUAUUGCAUUGACUCCUCUUCAAAAAGAACGAGCACUGAACCUAGAGGCCAUUGCCAGAUAUUGUGAAAACAAAAACCUGUGCAGGGUGGCCAUAAAAAAAUCUGGCAGCUGUGCUAACCUUACUGAUGUGCAGCGUGCCCAUGCCAUCUUAUCUUAA